GUGAAAGUAAAGUUCACUUUGAGUGAGUGCGUGUGGUUGUUCUUCUACUUUUACAUUGUUGAAACCUGCUUCCAACAACAACAAGGUUACAUUUGAACAUAUCGGGUUCAGUGUUUGCUGAAAGAUGGCCAAGCGGCAGAGCAAAAAUGACAGCUCUCAGGUGAAAGCCAUUCUCCAGGCUAAUGACCAGCAAAGGAGUGACAAUGACAAGCCUGAAAAAGAGCUCAACAGCAAAGAAAACUCAAGUCAGCCCAGCUGCUCAUCCUCCUCCUCCGGGCAGUGCAGUGAAAAAGAUUUAACAGACUUUACGUCUUCCUAUUCCUCUGGACCCUGCAAUACCAAAAACAUACAAUCAACCUCAGCCAGAUCAUUAAGCCCCGGCCAUGUCAGAUCUAGAUCUCCAGAGGUGGCUGAUCUGCCAAUGAGGACACAGAAGGAGGAGGUCAAGUCUUCGUGUUGUCAGCUGGAUGAUCUGAAGCGACUUCCACAUUGUUAUGUCAGCCUGGGAAAGCUGCACUUCAGCAGGACACACACUGUCCUUAUAGAUGUGUCUUUGUUCAACUGUGGAGCAAGACUCGUUCCUCAGGAGGGCAGGGACCUGUGGCACAGUAACUUUGUGAAGAUGCCCUGUUCACAAGCAAUGAAUCAUGGUGGGCCCUCCCAGGUGUCGAGGUGGAAGCUGAUCUCCAAGCAGCUGAGCACUCUGGCCAGGAAAACAACAGUCAGCGUCAAUGAUGUAGCAACGGCCAUUGUCGAAUACAACCCCAAGUAUAAAGAUCGGUGGUCGUUUGAUGCUCUCGAAACCUUCGUCAAGCGUGUCCCAAAAACAGAAAACUACUUCAACACACUGUUUCCAAAGAUCGCUGCCUUGGCUUUGAGGCUGCCUGAGCAAAUAAAGAAGGCCGUCCCACUGCUCCAGAGAGGACGCUCGGCAGCCAUCACUCUGUCACAGGUUCAGAUAUCCUGCCUGCUCGCCAAUGCUUUUUUCUGCACCUUUCCUCACCGCAACACCUCCAGACCCAACGCUGAGUACAACAACUACCCCAGCAUCAACUUCACCAGUCUGUUUGGAAAUUGGUCAGAGCGGAAGAAAGAGAAGCUGAGGGCCAUCAUGCAUUACUUUAAUGUGGUUACUAAUGAGAACACUAAACUGGAAGGACUGGUGACGUUUGAGAGAUACUGCCUCAGAGACACAGACAUGCCCAGCUGGAAGAGGUCAACGGAGAAGCUGCAUAAACUGUACGUUGCAUCAUGUGGCAGCAUUGAGACUGAAGGAACCGGACUGCUUCAGGUGGACUUUGCUUCCAGCUGGAUCGGUGGAGGAGUCCUCAGCUCGGGUCUGGUGCAGGAAGAGAUCUUGUUCCUCAUAAAUCCAGAGCUGAUCGUGUCACGUCUCUUCACCGAGAAACUGGCGGACAGCGAGUGUCUGAUCAUUACAGGCUCCCAGCAGUUCAGCUGUUACUCUGGUUUUGGCGACAGCUUUGAGUGGGCAGGGCCUCAUGAAGAAUACCUCGAAAGAGAUGUGUGGGCUCGGCUGAAGAGGCAGAUUCUCGCCAUCGACGCUCUGCACUUCAAAAACAGCAGGGAGCAGUACAGUAUGAUGAAGAUCACCAGGGAACUGAACAAGGCAUACUGUGGAUUUAAGGGGCAACAUGGGCAGGAAGAGCCCGACAUCGCUACAGGCAAGUGGGGCUGUGGAGCUUUCAACGGAGACCCACAACUUAAAGCUGUGAUCCAGCUGAUGGCAGCAGCAAAGACCAGGAAGGGUUUGGCCUUCUUCACCUUUGGGGAUGAACAUCUGGAACGAAGUCUGCAGCAGAUACACCACCUACUGGUCACAGAGGAGGUUACAGUUGGGGAACUGUACAGACUUCUGGAGAACUACUGUUUUGAUCUGCACAAACCUGGUGGUUUACAUGUGGAUCUGUUUGAUUUCAUCAGAAAAGCCAUCCGAAGUUUGAGAAGUCAGCUGUGAGGCAUCUGAACUUACAGUAAAAUCUUGAAGGAAUGUUUGUAUUACAGAAAAGAAAAAUCUGCUGAACCAUUGUUUAAGUGAUAUUUUGCAUUUUCUUCUUAUUUUCUUUGCUAGUAGACAGAGCCGCUUUAAGAUUCAGUAAACCAGUUUAUACUUCUGUUGUUAAAGCAGUAAAGCUGCUUAAAAUGAUAUUUAGAUUCAUGUCCAGAGAGCAGGAGCUUUAUUCACAAGACAAAAAGGGGUGCUGGACUUUAUGUUAGGGCUGAACAAUGAAUCAGUUUCAAAAAUUAGAAUCAUCAUCUGAAACAAUGCAACUAGUAAAUCACAAUGGCUGUUAUUUAAGAUAAGAGAAGAUGACUUUAUUGAUUCCUCACUGGACAAAGGAUUUACACUACCGUUCAAAAGUUUGGAGUCACCCAGACAAUUUCAAGUUUUCCAUAAAAUUCACACUUUUAUUCAUGUGCUGACAUAAUUGCACAAGGGUUUUUAAUCAUCAAUUAGCCUUUCAACACCAUUAGUUAACACAAUUUAGCAUUAGAACGCAGGAGUGAUGGUUGCUGGAAAUGUUCCUCUGUACCUCUAUGUAGAUAUUCCAUUAAAAUCAUAUGUUUCCAGCUAGAAUAGUCAUUUACCACAUUAACAAUGUCUAGAGUGUAUUUCUGAUUCAUUUAAUGAAUGAGAUGAAACUGCUUUUGCUAGUGUAGUUUCUCAGACAUCGAGGAUGUGCAGAUAUUGAAGAAAACAUUUGUUGACACUGACUUGCUUAAUAAUAAUAAUAAUAAAUAAUAAUAAUAAUAACUUUAUUGCAAAGAACACAGCAUCUGAUCAGGCACCAUGGUCUGCCCGAUGGAGAAUUCAGAGCCAAUAUGAACCUCCCAGAACAAUGACCUGUGGCCACUUUUAUGUGCUUUGGUCAAGUAUGACGUCACAACAUAUGGUUCCUGUUAAAAGACCAUGAUAAAAACAAAAGGGGCCCCUUCAAUCAACCCCUUAGACUUUGUGGCACCCAAAGACCCCCAUCGAUCAACUUCCUGGACAUUGGGACCCCCAUCUAAACACAGCAUCGACUUCCUUCAACAGGAAAAAUACAUUCCAUCCCAUUCUACUAAGCAACACAUACCUCAGGUCAGAUACUACACUAGUUAAUUUUCUGUCUGUUUUAAAUUUUUAAAAAAUAUCGAUACUGUCUUACAAUGAUUGACAGAUGUCUCUGCUGCUUAACCCUUUUAGCACUAUAAUACUUAUUUCCUCAUUUCCACUCCCUCUCCCCACACGGCACUCAGUCAUUACCAUAAUGCAUGUAAUAGCACCAGAAAGACCCGUUUCUCCGUUUCACAGCUUUCAGGGGCAGUUUGAAUGACUAAAACUGCACGAAGUAGCGAGGAGUUACAGUAAUUUGAAAUACACAUGCACCGCGGUGUCACCGGUGAUCCCUGUGGUUUUAAAAGGGUUAAUAAUGUGUGUUUUCAGACAUGGUAUUGUGUCUAUGAAAGACUAGAGUCUGUUUUCCUGAAAUCUGGAGCUGAAAUAAAAUACCUCUAACAGCACCA